AGUCGCGUCUGCUUUCUCCAGAAACAGGCACACCGUUGUCUGAUCCGGACAUCUCUGAGCUGAAGAGAGGGAAGGGCGAAAGCCUGUAGGGCCCCGACUGCCACCAUGUGCUCCAGCAAGUGUACAAGAUACAUCGGACACUCCCUGGUGGUGUUUGCUGUCCUCUGCAUCGUAGCUAAUAUUUUGCUCUACUUUCCUAAUGGGGAAACAAAGUAUGCUUAUGAGGACCACCUCAGCCGCUUUGUGUGGUUCUUUGCCGGCAUCGUAGGCGGAGGCCUGCUGAUCCUCCUGCCGGCUUUUGUGUUCCUUGGGCUGGAGGGAGAGGACUGCUGUGGCUGCUGGAGUUGUGAGAACUAUGGCAAGAGAUGCACAAUGCUUUCUUCCAUAAUGGCUGCUCUCAUUGGCAUUGCGGGAUCCGGCUACUGCGUCAUCGUGGCGGCACUGGGUUUGGCAGAAGGGCCAAAGUGCGGUGAUUCCCACGGCAUGUGGAACUACACCUUUGCCAACACUGACGGACAGUACCUUCUGGAUCCCACUACGUGGUCCAAGUGCCAUGAGCCUAAGAAUAUUGUGGAGUGGAAUGUGACGCUAUUUUCUACCCUCUUGGCGUUUGGUGGACUUGAAUUCAUCUUGUGUCUUAUUCAAGUCAUAAAUGGAGUGCUUGAAGGCAUGUGUAGCUAUUGCUGCUCCCACCAACAGCAAUAUGACUGCUGAAAGGACACAAGACAGCACUACAUGCUCCCUUUGUUUCCCUGUAACUUGUAUAUUUCACUCGAGUUAUGAAACUUUGUCCUGGUGUAUCAUAUUCCAUACAUUCUGCUUUUAUAAAGAAAUGUGCUGACAUCAUCACAUGAUGUCAGUGUUUGCAUUUAUCAGGCAAACUUUGUUUAAAGGAUGAGGCAACAGACUGCACUCACUCUGAAGGUAUUUUGCAGACUGAAUGAAUGUUCAACUCUUCAACAUUUAAGAUAAAAAUCACCUUUAACUACUGUGCAUAUGUGUAUUUUAAAUAAAAGAUCUCCAGUUUCCCUUUUAAGAUCCAGAAGGACAGGAAAACUUCGAAGAGAUGUUGUUUAAACUGUUUACAUGGUGUUUCCCAUCUCUAAGAGGCCCCUCUGAAGUGAGAGAGAAGCGCUUGCCUGGAUUUGGAAAGCUCACUGAGAAAGCGCUAAUCCAAGUACGUGAGAAGAAAUACGCGAAGCGGCCAGUGGCUGUGGACACAACCAGAGGCUGAAGCCUUCUAUCGUGUAGAAAGCUUUUUGCCCUUCAAAGACAGAGACUGUGUAGAGAAGAAGGAUAGUUGGACGAGAACGAAGAUGGGAAAUGGAAUAAAACAGUUGAUCACCGUGGUUGGGAAAAUCGGUUGGUGGAGUGGGGACUGAAGACCACAAAGGGAAUGCCCCCAAACUCCCUUGUUGAGCAUAAAACGAAAUAUUCUCUACCGCUG